AUGGCCUUGUUUUUGAAAUCUGAGCAUUUUAUUUUUCUUCUCACUUUCGCUUUCUUCUUGCAGUUCUGGCGUGAUACUGACCACUGGUGGCGCGACUGGCCGUCGGAUUGGCCGCGAAUGGACGCAGUUAUGCCAAGAUUCACGUCGCACUUGGAUCGUCUGGAUCGAAACUGGAGAAAUGAUCCAUUCUGGCAGGAUAUUUAUCCCCGCUGGGCAGAGCCAAUAUUCAAGGUUGCACUUGAUUUUUUUGUACAUAGUAUUAUGAGAACUUGUCCCCUAACAUCGAAAGAUUAUUCCAACUCGUUGCUUCUGCUAGUUUAA